AUGUCGGGGUUUUUGGACCAAAAAUUGGCAGCUUUAAAGAUAAGCUCAGAUGGCCAACAAAGUCCGAAGAAAGUUGGUCCAGCAGUUCCACCUAAACCUAAAAAACCUCAACCUCAGGUGCCUAAAAGUUAUGCCUUGAAUGGCCCGAGUGAGCCUUCUUACACUUCUCCUUUGCACACUACUAGUCCCGAAAAGAAAACUAAUGUCUACAUGUCUCCAGUCAAUCAACAUACUGGCAACAUUUAUUCCAAUAUUCCUUCAGGAUACAAUCAGCAGAAAAAAGAUGAACCUGUCAAUAAUACGUAUAGCAAUGCUGAAAUGUUUAAACCGUCAAGUGCUUACAGGAAAGCUGAACCUCAAGCACCAGUUUAUAGUAAUAUUAUGAACAAUAGCAGCUAUUCUAACGCUCCUAGCUAUGCCAACAUAGAUGACAUUCCACCAAUGCCUGAGAUAGUCGACUACAGCGACUUCCCUCCGCCACCUGCUGAUUUUCCUCCACCACCCUCUCCGGUGAGUUCUAGUUAUUCAGAACUCCGGAGAGCGACCAACAGCAAUCCUGACUAUGCUACCUAUGCUCCUUCUUCUCAGGGUUCUUCUGCUUAUGAUUCUAUAUAUGAGCCUAUAGCUCCAAGGCCACCAUCAUCCCGAUCCAAUUAUUCUAUAUAUGCUCCAUAUAAGGCUCAUGAAGCAGAAGUUGACGCACUCACAGAUCUUCUAGUACAUUCAAUGGAUUCUCCCACUGCUGAUGGUUACAUAUAUGGAGAUUGUGUCAAAUGUGGAGAAAAGGUUGUUGGAGAGGACAACGGAUGCACAGCGAUGGAUCAGGUGUACCACAUUGAAUGUUUUACUUGUUGCCAUUGUGCGGUUCAACUACGCGGAAAACCUUUUUAUACAUUGGAAGGAAAGCCUUAUUGCGAAGCUGGUUAUUUGCUUACUUUAGAAAAAUGCUCCGUUUGCCUGAGGCCUAUUUUGGAUAGAAUUUUGAGGGCUACUGGUCGUCCCUAUCAUCCUCAGUGCUUUUGCUGUGUCGUUUGCGGCAAAAGCCUUGAUGGUAUUCCGUUUACUGUUGAUGCCACAAAUCAAAUUCAUUGUAUAGAAGAUUUCCACAAGAAAUUCGCUCCUCGCUGCUGUGUAUGUCAACUUCCAAUUAUGCCUGAACCUGGUCAAGAUGAAACAGUGAGAGUAGUGGCUCUUGACAGGAGCUUCCAUAUUUCUUGCUAUAAAUGUGAAGAUUGUGGUUUGGUACUAUCAUCGGAAACGGAAGGAAGAGGAUGUUACCCACUCGAUGACCAUGUCCUGUGCAAGAGCUGCAACGCCAAGAGGGUCCAGGCCCUCACUUUUCACAUGACAACUGACCUCUAG